AUGGCGCGUCCGAGACGAAACGCUGCUUUACCGAUCCUUCCAUUAGUUGGUAAAACUGAAGAUUCUUCAAAUUGUUCUGAUAGUAACACUCAGGUAAGUUUGAUUUAUGUUUUAAAACGAGUUUCAUAAUUCUUCAUGCUAAAUUAACCCUAAGUGUGACCUGACCUGAUCCGAAGAAAAGUUUGCCUUACCAAAAAGAUUAAGAUCACACAUACUUAAUGGAUGAUGAUUACUCUUUCCUCCAUUAGAUAUAUCUAACUCCUCCUUGUGCAACAACUGAUUACGAAGACAAUGCCAGGGGGGAGCCUGCAUCAGUAGAACGAUACAAACUUGUAGUAGUCGGCGAUGAGGAAUGUGGAAAGACAGCUUUAUUAAAUUCAUUGGUGAAAAGUCCUGAUUUUGAGGUAGGGAAAAACGUUAGCCCUUAAGAAGUAGUGCUCUUAUGGUGUAAUUGUAUGUGUGUCUGUCUGUCUGUCGGUCCGCGUUUGUCCAUCAGCACGAUAACUGAAAAACCGGUAUCAAACGUGAAACGUAUCAAUACGAAAAUCUGAUGGACUUUGCCCCGUAAUUUGCCUGCUAUAUAAUUUAUGCAUGAUAUAUAACUCAAAAAUUCGCUGGCGGAGGUAUGCAGUCUCCGAGGUAUACAGUCUCCGAAUGCUCUCCGAGGUAUGCAGUCUCCGAGUGCCCUCCGAGGUAUGCAGUCUCCGAGUGCCCUCCGAGGUAUGCAGUCUCCGAGUGUCCUCCGAGGUAUGCAGUCUCCGAGUGCCCUCCGAGGUAUGCAGUCUCCGAGUGCCCUCCAAGGUAUGCAGUCUCCGAAUGCCCUCCGAGGUAUGCAGUCUCCGAGUGCCCUCCGAGGUAUGCAGUCUCCGAGUGCCCUCCGAGGUAUGCAGUCUCCGAAUGCCCUCCGAGGUAUGCAGUCUCCGAGUGCCCUCCGAGGUAUGCAGUCUCCGAGUGCCCUCCGAGGUAUGCAGUUCCGCGAGUGCCGUCCAGUGGUGCCGUCUGGUUAAACCUAAAACCCUGGUGGUUCGCCGGAUGAAGGGCUGCAUGCAGAUAGCGCAUUAUCAAAUAGACAGAGGACAACUUUUUAUUCCAGGUAGAUGAUUCCUUUACAACAUUUGAUGAAUGUGUGACUGAUAUUAAAACUCCCCAAGAGCAUGUUGAGUUCACUUUGUAUGAAAUAACAGGUAUCUACCAAAACAUCCAAUUUUAUCCUUUCAAUAAUCCUGUUAUACUUUUGUUGAUGAAAAGAUCCGUUGUUGACUUCCCAGUUGAUUGCUUUUCUCUUUUCCUCCGUGUUUCCUUAAUCUACUAAACAAUAUCUUUUCUACACGUAUUUCUCUUCUGCAACUUCAUUUCUUCCCUCCCAUCUUCUUUCGUCCUUCUUCCUCCAUUCCUAAUCCUCUCUUUAUCGCUUGCUCACUUCUCUAUUUUACAUCGUUUUCAAGGAAUGGACGAUUAUCGAAGUUUCCGUCUCGAGUUGUACAGAGGAGCAGAAGUCUUCUUAGUUUGUUUCGAUAUCGGUAGACCAGCAACACUUCACAGUGUUGUACACAAGGUAAUGGCGAAAUGUGGCAUCCUAUGGACUUGACUGUUUUGUGAAGGCUGAUCAAAGUUUCUGUCGGAUCACAGUAGGAAUUUUGCAUCGGUAAAUUCUCAGUUUUGAAAGAUUUGUAAGAAAGAAAUUUUUGAGGGAACUGUUCACGACUAAGGUAGUCAGUUUCCUCAAACAUUUCUUACAAAUCCUUUAAAACUUAGAAUUUACCCAUGCAAAAUUCCUCCUGUGGUCACAGAAACUUUGAUAGUCUUACAUUUAAAAGUGAUAUAUUUUAUUUUGCUAGUGGUCAUCAGAAAUAACUCAUGAAUACCCAGAUGUUCCAUUUCUCUUGAUUGGAUGUAAGAAUGAUCUACGCACCGAUUCAGCGGUGUUUUCCACAUCGAAUGGUCACAAUACCACAGAUGAGGCAGAAAGCGUUUCACGUUUAAAGGUGGGCUGUUGUUCAUUGGUUUUUUUUUUAAUUUUCGUGUUUAUAAGAACGCAAUACGGUUGAUCGCUAACUAAUAGUGAUUCUUGCAAAUAGUUCAUCAGAUUUGUCUCCAUAGGUCCCAGCAGAAUUAGUUGUACUGGUUCAAUGAAAAUACGUUCAUUUGAUACAUCAUACAUUAACCACAGACCGCGGUAUAUCCCUGCGUGCUAAGAGCGACACUACUUCAAAGCUCAUCCUUGUUUGAUGUGGGGAUUUAAUAAGAGAACAGUACGACUCACAUACAUUUUGUUACAGUUCACUUUCAGAUUAAGCAUGUACAUAAAACCAUCAGUUUAUCAACUCUGUAACUAAGAAGACGCGUGCUGAGCAGUCCCUAACUUGCGUCUAUUUUUCCUUCAUUAGGCCGAGACAGUAGCACAAAGUAUCGGCGCUAAAGCAUACGUUGAAUGUUGCGCUAAGACAAGAUGGAAUAUUGAUCGUGUAUUUAAAGCAGCAGCCGAGGCAAUUCUUACUAAAGAUGAUGAGAAAACAGACCUACAUCAUACGAAACAUAAUUCUGUUUUAAGAAGAUUUUCAAGACUUACUUCGGAGAGAAAUCACUCCAGUUUAAAACGAGGCUCCAUAUUUUCUUUCGUAGUUGGUUCAAAUGCUUGACUGUUUUGUUGGUUGCGGUUACAUAUCCUCCUAGCUUUCAUGCAAAAUAGCGUUUGGGUUUAUAGGAUUGUGAUCCAGAUCACAGAGAAACAUAUACGCCUGUAUUCUAAAAGCUCACUCACACUCAAAGAGUGGAGGUUCAAUCUGAGCUUCCCUUGAGUGUCAAUGCAGUUUUUGAAUAGCUGGAGGGUUAGUGUCGUACCUUACUAUGUGACUGCUCACGCUCCAGCUAUUCAAAAACUGCACUGACACUCAAGCUAUGACUCAAGGAGAGCUCAGAUUGAACCUCCACUCAUUGAGUGUGAGUGAGCUUUUAGAAUACGGGCGAUAGUCAUGCACGAAACAUCAAGCCCCGAGCCCAAGGAUGCGGAGAGUUGAUGAGUUGGUAGUCACGUAUUGUUACAGGGGACAUUUAAAGCUCUAGAUUAACAAAAUAAAGGUUUGAUGAAUGUUUCAACUAUGUUUUAACUUAAAUAGAAUACAUGAUAGUGUUGGGAAAGCAUUAAGAACAGCUAACCUCGUGUGACUAGUGCCAACUCUCAUGCAUUCUCAUCCGUCGUUUGGUCCGUGCUUUAGAAUGACGCACACACUUGUAAAUAUAUACUGAAUGUUGGAGAGUUCUCAAUACCGUAAAGAUAGAGCAAAUAUAGUUUAGUUUAUUUUCACAA